AGAAGAAGAAGAAUUUAAGACAGAAGACAGACGUUAAAAUAUUUAAAAUGAAGUAGAAAUUAAAAAAAUUUAAUAUAUAAAAAUGCCCAACUCAAUUGAUCCUAAAGAAGUCCUAAUAUAUCUUAACGAAUUAGGAUAUACAAAUUUAAGUGCCCAACAAUUAAAGGAAUUUAUUAUGGAUCUAAAGAAAAUAAUGAAAUACGACCGUAGAAAACGGAAAGUGGAAGCACAUUUUGAUCCGACAGAAAGCUACAGUCAUAGUACUCCUAUAUUCCCAGAUAUAAAACAAAAACCAAGAAAAACACAAAGCAAUGACAUUUUUGAGACACUGCACAAUCUUCCUACAGAAGCAUCAAAAGCUAAAAUGGUGAAUAAACGGGCACAUCAAAUCGAAGUUCACAUCACACAUGCUAAAAAUAAAAAUGUAAAUCAUGAACAUUGUGUUCACAUAGAAGAUAAUUCACCAAGCAAUGAUGCAUUGGGUGUAGGUUAUAAUAAAAUUGUUGAGAGUACUGAAAAACAUUCAAAGGAAAAUAUACAGACUCAACCUAAUAGUAGUGAACCAUCUACAACUAAACAGUUAAGGCCAAUGUCCAAGCAAAGUGUUAAUAGUUCCUCAGUUCCAAGUUCUAAAUUAAAAAAAAGUAAAACGGCAGUUCUUAAAAAUAAAUCCAAUAUAAAACCCAUACGAAAGUCAGACCCAGUAGCUCUCUAUCACCAGUAUCAAGAAGAAUGGAAAAAUAUCAAAUUUCCAGGAGAAGACAACCACCUGGAUUUAAGGUGGGCUGUGAGGGAAAAGCUUAUGGACGGACCUCCAAUAGAGAAACCUGUUAAGAGAAUUACUACUAAGAAAAAAGCAUUUUAA